CGUACCACCGCCCUCUACUGCUAUCCGGUCUCUUGCUCACUGCUCUUCUCUCUUCCCUCUAUUUCGCCUGGGAGGGCCUCUCAGUACCGCCAUUUUUUUUUAUCUGUGUCAUCUAUAAUAUAUAUUUUCAACAUAUAGAACGACCCGUGUAAUUUACCCAAAAUGCGCGCCAUACUGAGGCCAUUCGUUAUUCAUGCAGCCUAUUCUCCCAUCGAAACGAUUGUUUUCUUCUCUAUUGUCGGUACUCUCGCCUACUUUCAUGUUCUCUCCGCCAUCAAGCACUCGGCUUUCUUCGCGCCGACGAAUCCAAUCACCCUUCGUCCGUCGCAUGCUCGCUACACUCAGCAAGAAUGGGUCAACGUCCGGGAACAUGCCUGGUACCAUGCGAAAUCUGCCGCGGACAGUUCCAUAAUCCCCGUCGAGCUCCAACAGAUCGUGUUUUCUCUCGACUCAGUACAGAAGAGCAAAGACGCCGUUCCAGGCUCCAUCUCGCUUGAUAUGUCACCCCUGGCCGAUUCCGUGUACAACAUGUCGAAAUUUACUUAUGAAGCCCUGCCAACUUCUUCCGGGCGCAAGUACGGCUCUUUGUGUCAUCGUUCAUCCAUUUCAGCGACAAACAGCUCCCCUUCCGAUGCUCCGACAUGCUUCUCUGCGAUCACCUCGUCUUUACGCUCGUUUACUCAGACAUUGUCGUUUACUCCCGGGGCUAAGGAGGAGUUCAUGAAUGCUUUUUCGCGCUUUGCAAAGUCGACCGUUGACGAGUAUGGAGUCCGUUUUGAGUUGGAAACACGAGAGCAAGAGACCAUUGGAGACAUGAAAAGCAGCAAAUGGGUCGCGUAUGCUGCGCGCGCGUUUGUCAUGCGAUUCUGGGACCUUGCAAAGAAGGCCGACUCGUUGGACAUCAUUCUGAUCCUCAUUGGCUAUGUCCUAAUGCACGCAACGUUCCUCAUACUUGUUUCACGCUCCCGUCAACUUGGAUCAAGCUUCUGGUUGCCAUCCGGCAUUGUUUCUUCGUCCGUUCUCGCCCUUCUUCUUUCUCUUCCGAUAGCAAUGUGGCUUCGCAUCCCCAUGGACCCUGUCGCCCUAUCGGAAGCUCUUCCAUUCCUUGUCUGUACGGUCGGCUUUGACAAGCCCAUUCGCCUGGCCCGUGCUGUGUUCAGGCACCCACAUCUUACGAGCCCCGUUGGAGGCGCCAGCUCUGGCGGCCAGUUGAAACCAUCCGGAGAAGUGAUCCUUGAAUCUCUCACGAAGGUCUACUAUCCCAUCAUCCGGGAUUACAUACUCGAGAUAGCCGUGCUCGUCGUCGGCGCUUACAGUCGAGUCAGCGGCCUUCGCGAGGUCUGCGCCCUAGCAGCGCUCAUCCUGGGCUUGGACUGUCUCCUCUUGUGCACUUUCCUGGCUUCGAUAUUGUGCAUCAUGAUUGAGGUCCACCGGAUAAGGACUGUUCGCGCUUUGUCAACUUCCAAAUCGCCCUCUGUCGUCAUGGCUGAUGGGACACCGAAAACCGCUUCUGCCGGGAAGCGCCCAGGUUUGGCUCAGCGAGUCUCUUCCAUGCUUCUCGGUGUCAAGGGUUCAGCGCGUGGCAAGAAAGAGGAGAAACAAGCCGAUAGCCCCGUUGCACGGUUAAAGCCCCUUCUUAUUGCUACUUUCCUUACGCUUCACAUCCUCAAUCUCUGCGCUCCAUUGGCGCCGACCAGAGUCAGCACGCACACCGUUCCUACUUCCGUGAGGAAAGUCGACAUCACCACUCCGGAGAUACGUCACGCUUUGGGUGCUUUGGUCGAUGCUGAACAAGUCGACAACGUCUAUGUUGAUGAGGAAACUAGCGUCUGGGUCAAAGUCUAUCCGCCAGUUCAUGUUCGGUUGAUCCCCCCUGCUCAACUUCUCGCCGCCGUGCUCCCGACGCCCGAUGCCCCGAUUGUUCAUCGGACAACCUCAGAAAUGGUAGAGAGCUUCAUGUCGUCCUGGUCGCGCCUCGUUGGCGAUCCGCUGCUGUCCAAGUGGAUCGUUGUUGUGUUAGCCUUAAGCAUCAGCCUAAAUGGAUACCUGCUUAAAGCGAUUGGUGCCGGUUUGGCUGGGAAGGGUCCUGCGUCGCGAAGUGGGGGUGUUAGGUUUACCAGCGAGGACAGCGAGGGCAAGGUUGCGGAAACACAUGAGGUCUCAAUCAAACCUGCGGCGCCCACGCCCCGCCCUCGCCCAACAGCUACCUUCACGCUCGAUGAUGUUGACAGGAUCCUGAAAGCUCGUAACUUGACGGUGCCUUCCCCACCGACUUCCCCUCUCAUUGAUUCGCCUCAGUCAUCUGACAGUGACGAUUCUUCAGCCGGUGACUUCUUCGUUCGACCCCUUGAGGAAUGCAUUGAGAUUUUCGACAAUGGCCCACGCCCUUUAAGUCUAUCCUUGUCAUUGCUCAAUGAUGAGGAGAUCAUCCUGCUGGCCCAGAAUGGCAAGAUAGCGGCGUACGCUUUGGAGAAGGUUCUCGGCAGCGAGGAGCUGGAAAGGGCGGUCCGGAUUCGUCGGGCUUUGAUCUCGCGAUCGUCAAGGAUUCAGACAUUGGAGACCUCUGACAUCCCGAUGACCAACUACGAUUGGUCUCGCGUCAUUGGGGCAUGUUGUGAGAAUGUCGUUGGAUACAUCCCGCUUCCGCUGGGUAUCGCCGGUCCACUCAAGGUUGACGGCGUCCUGACUCCCAUUCCUAUGGCUACGGCGGAAGGCACUCUUGUUGCAUCGACUUCGCGCGGUGCGAAGGCUCUCAAUGCUGGUGGAGGUGUCACUACCGUGCUCACGCAAGACGGCAUGACUCGUGGUCCUGCAAUCGAUUUCCCCUCCAUCGUUAACGCUGCCGAAGCCAAACUCUGGAUCGAUUCACCGAAGGGAUUCGCUACUAUCAAGGAAGCCUUCGAGUCUACGUCCCGCUUUGCCAAGCUCAGGAGCCUUAAGACCGCUUUGGCCGGCCGGACGUUGUAUGUGCGGUUCAUGACCGCCACAGGCGAUGCCAUGGGUAUGAACAUGAUAUCCAAGGGCACCGAGAAGGGGUUGGAGGUUAUGCAGAAGCGCUUCCCGGAGAUGGUCGUUCUGGCGUUGUCAGGCAACUACUGCACGGACAAGAAGGCAGCUGCUAUCAAUUGGAUUGAAGGUCGUGGCAAGAGUGUGGUCGCGGAGGCUAUUAUACCCGGAAAGAUCGUGCAGAGCGUGCUCAAAACUACGGUUGAAGCUUUGUGUAAUUUAAACACGAAGAAGAACUUGAUUGGGAGCGCGAUGGCGGGUUCGAUUGGUGGAUUUAAUGCCCAUGCGGCGAAUAUUCUAACUGCAAUAUUUUUGGCUACUGGACAGGAUCCAGCGCAGAAUGUGGAGAGCUCGAAUUGCAUGACUCUCAUGGAACCGACUAACAAUGGUCAAGAUCUACUUAUGACCGUAUCUAUGCCCUGCAUCGAGGUGGGAACCGUUGGUGGAGGCACCGUUCUGGCGCCUCAACAAGCUGUUCUUGAAAUGCUCGGUGUCAAGGGCGCUCACCCGACUAACCCCGGUCAGAAUGCUCAAACCCUCGCCCGGAUCAUUGCUGCUUCUGUCAUGGCUGGCGAACUCUCCCUCUUGAGCGCGCUCGCAGCUGGCCACCUCGUUCGCGCCCACCUCGCUCACAAUCGAUCACAGGCUAACACGCCAGUGAGCUCGCGACCUGUGACGCCUGGACCGAACAGUGAGCGUUCUGCUCAACUGGUACCAAAGUUGUUGAAGGGGCUUGCAUUCAGUCCUUUGUCGCCUUCGUCUUCUACUUCAUCAUUACCACCAUAUUCAUUAGAGAAUCCAUGAUGCUUUCAUGUGUGUUAUUAUAACUUUGGAUUAAUCAUAACUUUGGGCUAUUUACAAGUACGAUUGGAUUGUAUCAUUUACAUCAAUACAAAAUCUUUGACAG